UGUUCGCCGUUAGCUAUAGUUAGCUGCAUUAGCGUUGUAUGUGAGGACGGAAGCUGGAACGCAACAAUGUCAGCGCAAACAAUUACUGUGACUGUCGCAUACGGAUCAACUAAGCACAGCAUCACUCUAACAAGUCAAGAGGAUGGAACGGGACCCACUGUUAAAGACUUAUCAGACGCUCUUAAUGAAGCUACUGGGGUCCCACCGGCCUCACAGAAACUCAUUUUUAAAGGAAAGUCUCUGAAGGACAUGGAAGCGAGUCUCUCCAGCUGCGGAGUGAAAGAGGGCUGCAAACUCAUGAUGAUUGGAAAGCGGAACAGCCCAGAGGAAGAGGCUGAACUAAAGAAGCUGAAAGAAAUUGAAAAGUCUGUGGAGCAGACAGCUAAAAAACUGGAGAUGGUAGAUGGGGAAUUAACUGGAUUAAAGAACGGCUUCCUCGCAAAAGACCUCCAGGCAGAAGCGCUCAGUAAACUAGAUCACAGAGUAAAAAUAGCAGCUGAGCAGUUCAUGAAAAUCCUGGAGCAGAUAGAUGCCAUGGCCAUCCCAGAMAAUUUUACCGACUGCAGAACAAAGAAGAAGGGUCUUGUGAAAACAGUGCAGGAUUUUCUGGCUCAGUGCGACAGGAUCGAGGCUUGUAUAUCAGACCACCUAUCAAAGAUCCAGUCUAAAAACCUGGCUCUGGCAGAGUAAUCAACUCCCCUAUGUCGUGUGCUUUAAGUUGCUCUGUGAGCAAAGCAAAGGUCUCAGAGUGCUUCAAGUAAGAAGCAGAUCCUACUUUAUUUAUUGUGAAGAGGGWGCUGUAGGGACAAACAAUCAAUCAUUUGAAAACAUGGGCUGUUGGUUAUCAACAUCGGUGUCUGAAUACAUACUGGACCUCUGCAGUCUGUAUACUUUCUACCAUAACACUCCAGUCUUUUUUAUUUUUUUAAGGCUUUAUUGGCUCUAGUGGCCUUUAUUUGAUAGUGAAUUGACAGGAAACAGCAUAAGGAGAAAGGGGGAAGACGUGCGGCMAAGGUCACCAGGCCGGGAAUCGARCCUGCGACGGCCACAUUGAGGACUAGGGCCUCCAUAUGUGGGUUGUGCUUAACCCCUGCRCCACCACAGCACCCCAACAGUCCACUCUUGUUCAAGAUUGAGGUCGAUUCUACAGGGGCUUGCACUCAUUCUGUAACAGCAAAGCCAUUUGUGGUUUAUAUCGAUUUUACAGGCGUUAGAUGUUUACUUGAGGUCAGGGACACAUUUAUGUUGAGUUCCUUCAUCCUCUGUCCCUACUACUUCUUCAAAUCAAGAGGGCAAAAAGUAAUCUUGGGCUCAAAUAUUUUUUCAGAAUCAAUUUUACAAAGUUCUCAGUCCUGUUCUAAUUUUAAAAAUUCUUCAUACAAGUUUUAGCAAUUGAACAUARAAUAUUUUCCAUUUUGUCUUUUUACGCCAUUGGUCCAGACUUGAAAGAUACCAAAAUGAAUGUGUCUACUUUUUCAGAUUGUGUAGGAACUUAAUCAUCGCAGUAGGAAAUGUUAAGAACACUGAACCUGGAAGCAGCUGUCAUUCAUGUAGUUAUAUUGAAUAUUGUUGAAGUUGGCUGCUUACAUGUUAAAUACUCCAAACGUCACGUACAUUAGAUGUGUCGUAAUUGGACACAAGAACAAAAGAAGGCGAAUGACCCCAGGUCUCAUCAUGGCUGGYACUUUUAAAGUUAAGGGAAAUUUUCUCAGAAACCUUCCUAAAUCUGCAGGUUAGUCAGGUCCAUUCACUCUAAUGUAGGUGCAUAUAUAAAGUAAUCGCUGUAUGCAUGGAAGUGUUUUUUUUUUUUUGUGUGUGUGUGUUAGUACAUAAAUGAGAAUACUUCAAUUUUUAAUUUUUAAAGCAACUGUUACUAAACUUUGAGAACUUUUCUUAAGUAUACAAAAAAACCUUAUUUGGGGUUUCGACUGUAGAUUUUAAACAUGCAAGUCUGCUGCUUGAUGCACCAAAAAGGAAAACAUUGAAACUACAACCACUGUCAACAGCAGUGSCCACUAUGGACAGGAUUAGUUCUACGUUUUUCCAUGCAUUGUUAUUCCACAUCAAGAAAUCCUGAGUCACCUGCAGUUUUGGUCAAAUUUAUUGUCUUCUUUUGUAGAAUGGCAAGACAAGUCGUAAGCAUCUGCCUUUGUUUUGAAAUAAAAUGUUUUGAAAAAUGA